UGUAUAUGAGAUAAUGUAGAUUCCAAAGAAAAAUCCCAUACUGUUAAAAAAUUUUCCUCCAAAGUUAUUAAUUUAAAAUAAAUUAAAAUCAUUUAACUAAUCAUAAAAAUUUGUGACACAGAAUUAAUCAAUUUUUAAAUAUAAAUUUAAUCUAGAAAUAUGAAAACAUAAUUUCCUCCAAAAUUAUUAUUUCAAAUAAAUUAAAAUCAUUUAGCUAAUCAUAGAUGAUAUUGGUUAAAUCUAAUCUAGAAUAUGUUUUGAAACGUCAUACAUUCUUUAAAACAUCAUAUAUUUAUGUGACAAAUAAUUGAACAUAAUUUUAUUAAAGUUGAAUUAAUCUAAGAAUAUCAAAACAUAAUACAUCAUAAAUUCUAAAGCAUAGGAAAUAUUAUUUUUAGCUUAUUUUUCUUUUUAGUAUAUUUCCAUGGAUUUCACUUACGUCAGUUCUAGUCCUUUUCACAAGGUAAGAUCUUGUCCUUUAUUUGCUACAAAUAGAAUAAAAAAAUUACUUCUAGUCCUUUGGUUUUAUCAAUUCAGAUGACCAGAAAAGGAAACUAACCGAAUACGGUACUUGUAAAAGUUGACAAAAAAAUUGUAUACAGUACUUGAUAGACUCGGGAUGUUCAGCUUUAUGAAAAAUUUAAAAAGUCCACUAGGCCCAAUCAAAGCGGCGUGAUGAAUACGUCUGCGCAAUAUGAAAAUACGACAGUUUAAAUAUGAAAGCAAGGAGGCUAAUUAUUCAUCUGGUCCGAUCACCAAUGUCCUUGACCAUAAUUAAUAAAAUCAUUAAGCUUUCAUAUUGAAGAAAGAAACAUUAUCUUAGAGUAAUGAACAUGCAAAUUUCAAUUACAAAACUACAACGCUCUAAAAUUAAAUUAAUUUCGUCCUUAUCAAAAACCAGAUCUUUAAUUGUAUUCUUCCUGAUUAAAUAUCAGAUCUUUACAGAAACCGCAGAUCGCUCAGAAAGUUUCAGUAGAUGCCAUCAACACCAUGUGCAUGCAUCAACCUUCGCCGUAUUAAUAGCUUACACACAAGUUUUAUUUUUAUAUGAUAUAAAAUAUCUAAAUUUACCAUCUAAUACUUGUAUAUUGAAAUUACGUAUCUAUCUCUAUUUUAAGAAUCUAACAUUUGUGUUAAUAUAAUCUCCAAAACAUUAAUUUCAUCAUAUUAUAGACCAAUCCUCCUUAUCCCAAGACAAGAUUCCCUGUUUCUUUUUCAUGUUUAAAUAUAGCAGCUUCAUGCAGAAAAAAAUGCUAUACUUGAGGUUCAAAAUAUCUUAAAUCCUUUCUUAUAAACUAUAUACACAUACCUAGGGUAAGAAAAUAAUAUGUAAUGUAAUAGUACGUGAUUUGAUCAUUAAUUGCGUACAUACAUAUAUAAUUUUUAAUGCAAUUAUAUGAUCUAGAGGAAUACAUUUUCUAAGGCAACUCUACAAAUUUGCAUUUCACUAAAACAAAAAUAAUUGUAUUUUGAUUUAGUAUGACCAUAUUCCACAGUUUAAGAAGUUUGAUUUUUGUAUUAAUGUUAAAAGUUUUAUUAAGUUACCAAGAAAAAUAUCGCAAACACGUCUUGGUUUCUAUUUUGCUUAAUAAUAUUCAUUGUUUGAACACGAAUCACAUGCAUUAUUAUACUAUUAACCUUGAUGAAUAACACAAACAACAUUAAUUAAUAUCCUCUAAAAUGAACUUCACUUCCUCCUCCAUAAAUACCUUAUACCACUCCACAACCUUCUUUCCCUCUCCAUCUUUGAUCUCUUCUCUCGUCUCCCAGGGAAAUAAAUCAAAAUGAUCACCGGCAAAGACAUGUAUGACGUACUAGCGGCAAUGGUGCCGCUAUACGUAGCUAUGAUGCUUGCCUACGGUUCGGUACGGUGGUGGGGAAUAUUCACACCGGACCAAUGUUCCGGUAUAAACCGUUUCGUUGCGGUUUUUGCGGUUCCUCUUCUGUCUUUCCAUUUUAUUUCCUCCAAUGAUCCUUAUGCCAUGGAUUACCAAUUCCUCGCAGCCGAUUCACUUCAGAAAGUCGUCAUCCUCUCCGCACUCUUUCUUUGGCAGGCGUUUAGUCGGAGAGGUAGUCUAGAAUGGAUGAUAACUCUCUUUUCACUAUCGACACUACCGAACACGUUGGUGAUGGGAAUCCCAUUGCUCCGGGCGAUGUAUGGGGACUUUUCAGGCAACUUAAUGGUGCAAAUCGUGGUGCUUCAAAGUAUUAUAUGGUAUACACUAAUGCUCUUCUUGUUCGAGUUCCGUGGUGCUAAGCUUCUCAUCUCCGAGCAGUUCCCGGAAACCGCCGGUUCCAUCACUUCUUUCCGAGUUGAUUCUGACGUUCUAUCUCUCAAUGGCCGUGAACCCCUCGAGACCGAUGCGGAGAUAGGUGACGACGGAAAGCUCCACGUGGUGGUCCGAAGAUCAAGCGCUGCCUCAUCGAUGAUCUCAUCGUUCAACAAAUCCCACGGCGGAGGACUUAACUCCUCCAUGAUAACGCCACGAGCCUCAAAUCUCACUGGCGUCGAAAUAUACUCUGUCCAGUCGUCUAGAGAGCCAACGCCGAGAGCUUCGAGCUUUAACCAGACAGACUUUUACGCUAUGUUUAACGCAAGCAAAGCUCCGAGCCCUCGUCACGGCUACACCAAUAGCUAUGGAGGCCCCGGAUCAGGCCCCGGAGGAGAUGUUUACUCUCUUCAGUCGUCUAAAGGAGUGACGCCGAGAACGUCAAAUUUUGACGAGGAAGCUUUGAAGAACGCCAAGAAAGGAGGUAGAGGAGCGAAAAGUAUGAGUGGUGAAUUGUACAACAAUAACACUGUUCCGUCGUACCCACCACCGAACCCGAUGUUCAAGGGGUCAACGAGCGGAGCAAGUGGAGUCAAGAAAAAGGAAAGUGUAAGUGGUGGAGGAGGCAGCGGCGGAGGAGGAGAGCAGAACAAGGAGAUGAACAUGUUUGUGUGGAGUUCGAGUGCUUCUCCGGUGUCUGAAGCCCACGCGAGGAACGCUAUUACCAGAGGCGCCUCCACCGAUUCAUCAACGGACCCUAAGGCUUAUCUUCCACCUCACGAAAACCUCGCUUCCAAAGCGAUGCACAAUCUGAUAGAGAACAUGACACCCGGAAGAAAAGCGCAUGUGGAGAUGGACCAAGAGGGCAAUAACGAAGGGAAGUCAGGGGUACAUUCGUCACCUUACAACGGAAAGAAGGGCAGUGACGUGGAAGACGGUGGUCCCGGUGGUCCGAGGAAACAGCAGAUGCCGCCGGCCAGCGUGAUGACGAGACUAAUAUUGAUAAUGGUUUGGAGAAAACUUAUUCGAAACCCGAACACUUACUCUAGUCUCUUUGGCCUUGCCUGGUCCCUUAUCUCCUUCAAGUGGAAUAUAAAGAUGCCAACAAUAAUGAGUGGAUCGAUUUCGAUAUUAUCUGAUGCAGGUCUUGGCAUGGCUAUGUUUAGUCUUGGUCUCUUUAUGGCAUUGCAACCGAAGAUAAUUGCAUGCGGAAAAUCAGUGGCAGUCUUCGCGAUGGCCGUGAGGUUCUUGACCGGACCAGCUGUAAUCGCAGCCACCUCAAUUGCAAUUGGUCUUCGAGGCAGUCUCCUCCAUGUCGCCAUCGUUCAGGCUGCUCUUCCUCAAGGAAUCGUUCCUUUUGUUUUCGCCAAGGAAUAUAACGUCCAUCCUGAUAUUCUCAGCACUGCGGUUAUAUUCGGAAUGCUGGUUGCUUUGCCUGUAACAGUACUCUACUACGUUCUUUUGGGCAUUUAAGUUAUAAUCAAAAUGUAAUGGCAAAUCAAAGGCAAUCGAUACGACCAAAGGUGAAUUUUUAAAACAUAAAGAUUUACUAAGAAAAACCAAGACUAAUUCAUCCAGGUCAGGCUUAGGUGGAUGGACCAUGCAAUGUCGCAUUAAAUUAAUUUAUAGCAUUUGGUAGUAGAGAUUUUGGUUAGUUCGGUGUAAUUUAUACGCACAUGCAUGUACGUGACUCUUUGUAACAUUUAUUAAAUUUUUGGGAUGUGCGUACAAUAGUUUUUAAAAUUUGUUUUUGUUUCUUCUGUUUAUCGGUGAUCGUGAAUUAUGUUAUUAAAUCGUAAUAAUAAUUCAAUCAUAUAUACCAGAUCGUGCAGAGUGUGUUUAGAUUAGGUCAUGUGCUUUUGUACAUCUCUAGACCAUCUAAAAUGCAUCAAUCCUUCCAAAUUCAGCCUUUUUUGCAGUUCUUUUAUCUUAUUUUCGUUUGUAUGCGAGCGAAUCGGAAUAUUCAAUUGAAGGUUUAGUCGAAUUUUAAUAUAUUGAUGAGUAAAGAACAAGGAAACUUUUUUUUUUUUUCCGUCUAUUAUUAUUAUUAUUCAAACUGAAAGUAAAAACACAAGUCCAACAUAUAGCAAACUAAAAAAACAAUAAUGCCCAAAACAAACAGGCUGAGGCAAAAAAAAGCCCAAAGUGAGUCGGUGAACAAGUCGAGAAGGCUCUACCACGUGUUGAACUCAGACCCUAAAGAGAACACGUGUUUGCCAAGACAUCAUCCAACUUCAUCGCGUGGAAAGUCGUCGCCGGAAAGCUUGAUCGUGCUUCCACCGAAACACACCGGAGACAGGAAGCACGGAUUGGAGCCACCACGACAACUCGAUCUAAAAUGAAGGCGCCCAAAGUGAAAAAGACCAUCGCUUUAUAAGAUUGGAGAGAAAAUCAGAUUCAAAUGAAUCCAAGACGAUCUUAACACCGACAAAGCUUCAAUUCCAGAACAUGCAACCACAGUCAUCUUUAUAAAUCCAAAUAAGCUUGAAGAUGACUAAACCAUUUGAGAUGGAAAGGAAGAAGCUUUUCGAUAUAAAGAACAAAACUCAAUUAAAUCCGAACGAUGAUCGAGAAAGAACAAAACAAAAUCAAAAAUUACAAACAACAAACAAACGAAACUAGACAAAACUGGUAAAAAACUAAGAAGAAUCAUCAGAAUCCCAAUGAUCCGUAAGAAGCCAGCAGAGACAGCGCUGAAGGAGCCGCCGUUCACCGGAGAUAAAGCCCGACACACGGGAGGCAAAGACCAGCCAAGUCGGUGCUGUGAGAGCCACCGCUUGCCGGAGUCAAGCCCGAUACACGGGCAACGAGAUCACCGGAAAGGAUCCGGCAUCGAACGAAACUUGACUCCCUCUCUCUGAAAGAUUCAAGAGAGAUAAGAGAGAGAGAGUCUUCAACAAGGAAACUUAAUAUAUAUGAUUUAAUUUUUCUUCUAUAUAAAUAUCCAAAAGAACAUAUGAAUAAUAUAUGAGGUGACAGACUGACAAUUAUUAGAUACAUUGUAUGUACGUAUGAGGUGAUCAUAAAUAAAACUUAUGCACCAACAUAAACGUAUUUUCACCUCUAACAUAAUGUUACACCGACGGUUCAUUGAAUGAAAGAUAGAACUCGAGUGGAUAAAGAUGAAUGUGUUCAGAAGUGAAAGAGAGUCAGGUUCUUAUAUAAUAUGGACUUUCAGAAUAUACAACUGCGCUUGUCACUCUUUUUGUCUGGAUCGAUGAAAGCAUUAUGGGUAAUAAAUUAUGUACUGAAACACAUGCCAAUAUUACCUAUUUCACGAUUCCAGACAGAUUGUGUAGACUUGCUCAAUGAUGUGAGAGCAUUAUUAAGAAUGGUUAAAUUUUUGUACUAUGUAAUUCUCAAGCUAGCACGUUUCAUCCAGUUAACAUUUAACCACGAAUCCACGAUAUGUAUUUUUAUUUUCUAAGCUAUUCCGCUCUAUAUUUGUUUGCUAAUUCUGCUUGAUAAUGUAUAAUAUAGUAUUUUGAUAAAAAAAAAAGUAUAAUAUAGUAAUAAAUACGUUAGAAAGAAGAAGACUGUUGCUUUGCGUCGUCUGGAGGCGUUGACUGUAUGUAUAACGUGAAAACGAUCACGUGGGAUAUCAGAACGAAGCGAUAAACGUUGGAACUCGCUCUCUGGUCGGGACGAAAACUGAACGAACAACAUGACCACAUGAAAUUCAAUAACCAUUUUCUUUUGAUAUAUAGCUGUCCUGAAUUCUGACUUAUCUGACAAGAGAUAUUUUUAAAUUUUAAGCGUAAAUUAUUGAUGGAUAACAGAAUAACAUAUUUAUACUAGGAGCACAAUAUUAUAACGUUUUGAAGUUUACAGAAGCUUUUGUGCAUAGAGUAGGAGACAACAUCUGGUCAAUGACAGGUAAUUGUCUCUUUAGAAAUACUAUAAUGUCUCAGUUUAGUUUAGUUCUUUUUUUUUUGAGAAAGGGCCUUCCUUAAUGUUCAUACUGUUUCAAAUUUGAUAUGAUCAGACAUGAGCAUGUUAUAGUCACCAAAUCUUGUUUUAAAACAUAAGAAGUUUAUUCACAUGCGAAAUUAUAGUUCACUCGUUAUCAUACAAUUUAGGUAAGGAUAAGAAAACUAGUAUUUCAUUUCGACGUGUUUUAUUCACUGCGUAAGUUUGUAUGGUCAGUGACAAAAAAAGAAGUUUGUAUGGUAGUAACUAACGUACUAUAGUUUAGAGUUAGAUUUUUUUUUUAAUUUGAUAAAUUGUGAGAUUUCCCAUUCCUGCUUGUGCACACUAUCUCACUAAAGCAAAAAAAAAAUUAAAAAAAAAUAACACAGAAUCCAAUUCGUCCAUACAUCUUAAUAUUAUUCCUCAUGAUUAUAAUGCUGCUCGUAGAGCAGAUUAAAAAAAAGACUCAAAAUCGCAAAUACUGUUGUCUGGACCUGAAAGAUUUACAUGAAUAUUUUUUUUUGUCUUGAGAACUCAGUGACACCAAAGUACUGAGCCUGAAACUAACUUCAAGAUUAUCAGUAGAAUACCCAACUUAAGGGAGAGAGGAUGGUGAGUGGGUUCAGUUUAAUUUUUAUUAUUUCUGCUUAAGAGUAAUCUUAUCUCCAAGACUAGGAGAGUAAGAGCAAUCCUUGUGUAUUGCUUUGGAUACUUGUGUAACCGCUCAGCUUUUCAUCCGUUGUUUGUUUCUCGAUACUCUCAUUCACCAAAGCCUAGAUCAUUCAGAUGACAUUAGUUUGUUACAUCACGCAUUAAGGACGAAAAAACAAAUGAGCCUCAAAACUGGAGCAUUUCAUUUUGUAAGUUACUCAGCCCUCAAAGCCUACAUCAUUCAGAUGACAUUAGUUUUUUUUUUUUCUGCCAACCUAGUUUGACACUUCCCUAUUCUUUGUUUGUUUAUAGUCUCACAUCUUUCAUUACUCACCACUAAUCCCCUUCUAUCUUCAAGGUAACAUCUGUAAGUUUUUAUUUUGUUUGACUAAAAUACGUAUUUUCAGUUUUCUAUAUAUGCAUACUGAAUGUUUCAUUUGCUAAUGUAUUCAUACCAAUUUAUGCAGGCAGGCAAGAAACAUUAAAAAUAGUUUACACUUUUGUUGAAUUUAAACUAUGAGAUAUGUGAUUAUAUUUUAAUAAUAUAAACAGAAUAAGUUAGUAUAUAACUGUUGUAUUCACCUGUCAAAUACCGUUUAUAUACAUACAGAAAUACCAAUUUGAUUAUUAAGUUUUUCUGGAUUCUCAUUCUGUUAGAAAAAAAUUCCACAAUAUAUAACUUGAAAUAGUGAGAAACUAAAUUCUUCAUCUGAAAAAUUAUUAAAUUUUUUAAAAUACAACACAUAUACAUCUCCAAAAACAAAAGAAAAACAGAACAUAACCGUUUAAUUGAAAACACUUGCUACCAAAAUGGUUUACUUUCAGGGAUAAAAUUAGAAGUUAGAAUCAACACAGAAAAAAAGAGACCAAAAAGUUGAAAAUACGAAUCUAAUAAGCAGUGAA